AUGUUGUUUCUAUUCCUUCUGAUUUUCAUUGGAAUUCUGAUUUCUGCGAAUUCUGGAGACCCCACUGUCACGUCAUCAACUGAAAAACCCACCACCCAAGACCCGGCAUGUCUUCUGGAAUGUCCCGAUGGCUACCAAGUUGGAAAAUCCAGUUGCUACAUUAUGUAUCCACCAACCCGAGCCAAUUCCUAUCAGGCAUCGCUCUCCCUCUGUAUGUCAAAAUCCAGACAAACUCUCGCGUCUCUCGAGAAGUUUCGAGAAGACAUUCCAAUGCUUCAGGCUUCCGCUUCUGAAACUUCAAUCAAUUGGAUCUAUGCAAAUGGAAUCGGGUCCCGGAAAGAGAGGUUCGACAAGAAAGCCGAUGUAUACAGUAUCUUUGAGCAGUCCAUUGUUCAGGCGCCGAUUGUGCAAAGUGUUGGGAUAUCGGAGAAAAAUUCCAAUGUCUCAACGCUUUGUAUAGUGCCAAAAUUCUGCGACACUCCAAUCUGCGACAUUGAACAAAUCUUGCUGACCUACGAGUACAAUCAGCUCUUCUCCUCUCCCGUGAAGACUCUAAAACCUAAAGAGACCACUUCCUUGACAUGUAUCCCAAAGAAACAGUCCAUCGAAGUCACUUGUGGAUCCCUAGGAAAUAUUUAUCCAGAACCUUCCAUGAUUCAAUGCCAAAGAACGAGUAUCGAGGAAAUUCAAGACCUUUCAAAUCCCAAAAAGUUGUUUUCAAGCUGCUCGAAAGGGUUCCAAAGGGGCGUGGCUUCAUGUGACCCAGUUCUCGAAGGUUCUGAGAUCAUUGGCUAUCGAUUCACUUGCAAACCGGGCUGGACCAUGCCCACCUGUUGGUACACUACAGACACCUGCACAUCAAACUACUGUAGUGAGAAUGGAAAGUGUGUUAGUGAAGCUGGCGAGAGAAGAUGCGAGUGUAAAAUGGGAUAUGCUGGCGACAAAUGCGAAUGGAAUCUUCGAGAAAAGUAUGCGAAAGUUUGGACGUUCCCGGUGUUCACUGGAGCAAUUAUUGCUCUUGGCGGAUUUGUAGUUCGAAUUGUGAAGAGAGCGGUUGCUCUGGGACGGACUGAAGCAACGGAUGAGAAUCCACAGAGCACUCAUCAAAUCCUUCGCUCGUAUUGCAUGUUCGUCGCUGGCAUCUUGGUUCUCUUCUAUUCGAAUCCAGGGCUAACGAAUAUUACUCCGACGGCAUGCAGAUUCAAUUUCAUUGCGGUCCACUUUUGUUUCAUGAUGGCAAUGGUUCAAUGGCUCCUCGAGGCCUGGAAUGUGAAUCAAGUACUCCGAUGUGUUCAUCUGAAUGAAUGGGAGACAGAUUGGAAUGGAAAAAAGAGCUGGGGAGUGAGAAUUGUUCCAAGAAUGGUUGCAUCGGUUCUCGUGGUGUCUGCGGCAUUGCUCAUCACGUUUCAAGCAGGAUGGAAUCAAUUGGCCGCUCCAUGGACUUGUGUUGGAACAGUUAGAGAGGAUAAUUUGUCGAUUUGGAUUCCAGUCAUCGCUAUGGUCAUUAUUGUGCUCCUGGCGGCUGGAGCAGUUUUCGAAUCGAAUUUGUUGAUUAAAUUCCGCCGCCCGCUUCUCGGCUACCGUAUCGACCUGCGAAUAGAACGACAGAUGGGACACGAGGCGGGUCGUCAGGUGGAGAAAUGUCGCCGGAAUGAAAUUCUCUGUAUCUCUGGAAUCUCUCUUUUAAUUAUUCUCUGGUUUCUGACAAUUCUCUCUGCGGAUUUUAAGGAUGACGUAACGAUUGGAAGCCUAACUGUGAUCAUGGCCAUCGUCUACUCGGUGUUCUCGUUCUAUCAAGAAGCGGUGACGUGUCCAGAGGAUCGCGCCAUGUGGAUAACCAUUCUCCAACGUUAUCUUCCCGCUCGUUUCGCGCCAAGCUACAACCCGGAAAUCAUGUGGACCGUUGAUGAAGUUCGGGAAAUGUAUAAAUUUUCGGAAAGGGAAAGAAAAUUGAAGUAUGAGCAAUACGUGCCCCGGAAUCAGUAUUUGUACCUUCAUCAUCGUUGGGACCUUCGAUUUAAUGAGAUUCUGGCAGAAACGCCUCAGAUGACGAUUAACGAAGCAUUGGUGAAGGUGUUCUGUGAGGAGAUGAAUUUGUUGAAAUGCAAUAAUGGAACUGGGAAGCAGAUGGCUUAUAUACAGGACACCUAUGCGGAUUUCCUCUACACAAUUCCGGACACGGACCCUCGAACCCUAAAAGGACGUAUCCAUGGCCGUCUCGAGUUGGUAACUCUCGCUGCCGAUGCUCCAAUUGGUGUGAAAUUGGCAAAAUUCUUCAUUGUCCCCGGUUUCGACAUUUUUGAACCGGAAAUUCCGAAUGAAGAAAUUCGCGAGCUCAAUCGGGAGGAACGACAGCGUCGACGUCUUCGGAAUGAACGAAUUCAAAUGGAGAAUUAUCGAAUUUUGAGAGAAGAGGCUCGCGAGCAAGCAACUUUUCUGAAUUCGAGCAUUCAUUUCCGAUAUUUCGGAAACGAGGUUGUUCGUUGA